UUCUUGACGUCCACUCCCCGCUUUCGUCACGGGCGUAUGUACGCACAGCAGCUCCAAGAGCUCCUGAGACGGCAGGGACAGGAACCGCUAUUCUCUCUCUCCCUCUCUUUCCAUAUCUCAUUUCUCUGUGUUAUCCUGCCCCUAGGAGAGAUAAAAAACAACUCUCCAUAUAAAUAUAUAUCGGAGGGAGGUAGCCGAAUCGUCACCGGCUGGAAACUCCGAUGGAUUAGUUUUAAAUAACCCCUCCCCACACCUCCCACCUCCUCUCCGAACCUAGAGAAUGGGCUGCGUCCAAUGUAAGGAUAAAGACGCAGCAAAACUCACCGACGAGCGCGACGCCAGCCUCUCGCACCACCCGGGCUACCGUUAUGGCGCCGACCCCACGCCGCAGCACUACCCCCCAAACUUCGGGGUCACCAGCAUCCCCAAUUACAACAACUUCCACGGCGGAGGCGGAGCUACGCAGGGGGUCACCGUCUUCGGAGGCGUGCACACGUCCUCGCAGUCCGGCACGCUGCGCUCCCGCGGAGGAACAGGGGUGACGCUGUUCGUGGCUCUGUACGACUACGAAGCCCGGACCGACGAUGACCUCAGCUUCAGAAAAGGGGAGAGGUUCCAGAUCCUCAACAGCACAGAGGGUGACUGGUGGGAGGCCCGCUCCCUUACCACAGGUGGAACUGGUUACAUUCCCAGUAAUUACGUCGCUCCGGUGGACUCCAUCCAAGCCGAAGACUGGUAUUUUGGUAAACUGGGCCGGAAGGAUGCCGAGCGACAGCUGUUGUCCAACAGCAACGCCAGAGGCACCUUUCUCAUCCGGGAAAGCGAAACAACCAAAGGGGCUUACUCGCUCUCCAUCCAGGACUGGGACGACAUCAAGGGAGACCAUGUCAAACACUACAAGAUUCGCAAACUGGACAGCGGCGGUUACUACAUCACCACCAGAGCCCAGUUCGAGACACUCCAGCAACUUGUACACCACUAUUCCGCGAGGGCGGCGGGGCUGUGCUGCCGGCUGAUUGUGCCCUGCCACAAGGGCAUGCCCCGUCUGACCGACCUGUCCGUCAAAACCAAAGACGUGUGGGAGAUCCCGCGGGAGUCGCUGCAGCUCAUCAAGCGACUCGGCAAUGGACAGUUUGGGGAGGUCUGGAUGGGCACGUGGAACGGCACCACCAAGGUGGCGGUGAAGACCCUGAAGCCGGGCACCAUGUCGCCCGAGUCCUUCCUGGAGGAGGCGCAGAUCAUGAAGAAGUUGCGGCACGAUAAGCUGGUGCAGCUGUAUGCCGUGGUUUCCGAGGAGCCCAUCUACAUCGUCACAGAGUACAUGAAUAAAGGGAGUUUGCUCGACUUCCUCAAAGAUGGAGAAGGGCGAGGCCUGAAACUUCCGAAUCUGGUGGACAUGGCGGCUCAGGUGGCAGCCGGCAUGGCGUACAUCGAGAGGAUGAACUACAUCCACAGGGACCUGCGCUCUGCCAACAUCCUGGUCGGAGACAGUCUGGUGUGUAAGAUUGCUGACUUCGGUCUGGCCAGGCUCAUUGAGGACAACGAGUACACAGCGAGACAAGGUGCAAAGUUUCCAAUUAAGUGGACUGCACCCGAGGCAGCUCUGUACGGGAAGUUCACCAUCAAGUCCGACGUGUGGUCCUUCGGCAUCUUGCUGACAGAGCUUGUGACCAAAGGCCGGGUGCCCUAUCCAGGCAUGAACAAUCGCGAAGUGCUGGAGCAGGUGGAGCGGGGCUACCGCAUGCCGUGCCCACAGGACUGCCCCACAUCGCUCCACGAGCUCAUGGUGCAGUGCUGGAAGAAAGACCCCGAGGAGAGGCCCACCUUCGAGUACCUGCAGGCCUUUUUGGAGGACUACUUCACUGCCACCGAGCCUCAGUACCAGCCGGGGGAUAAUCUCUGAGUGGCUUUUCCCAACUGUCCAACAGAGGGAGCCACAUACCCUGCUAUCCUCUUUCUUGCACCCAGGUGACUAAAAAAAAAAAGCUGGUCUCCCAACCUCUUCCAAGCCACGCGCGCGCGCGCGCGCGCACACACACACACACACACACACACACACACACACAGAAAGGCAAGAUGACUAUAAGGAGGGACAUGGGGCCUGCCAUGGAUGCAAAAAGACGACGGUGAGCUGUGUAACUUGUACGUAGUGUAAAUACAAAAAUUGCUUGUUUACUUCUUUCUGUUGGUUCCAUUCGACAUUCUACUUUUUGAUAUUUUUGGAAGCAGUUAAUCCAAGGUGCAUUGUAGGAAAGCUUGUAGGUAGACUGAAAAGAUCAAUUAAGGAGCUUGCCCACGUUCCUCCAUUUUUUUCCUUUCUUCUUUUUUUUGUGUCAAAUCAUCACAAUGAUGCGCAAAUGUUGACGCCUUGAGGUUGACAAUUUAAUGUCACCAUCCUGUGUAAGAUUCCUGCUUCCAAUUCGGGCAAAUUUCCUUAUAGGAGUGCAUCUAAGACUACGUUCAUGCUGCAGGGCAUGAUGCCCAAUUAGGAUUUAUUUAUUUUAUUUAUUUUUUUGUUAAAUUCAAUCUUUGUAUGUACUCGUUCACAUUACAAAAACGAAUGCGACAUCAAGUGACACACACACACACUCACAAAACAACAACAACAACAAAACGAUGAUCACAGCGUUUACGGAAAUAAAUAAAAUUGUGCGCAUAGUGGCUCAUUUGAGAAUGACAGAUGAGCACACCCGGAGCAAGUAGACCCAUACAUAUGAAGAGGCCGUGGUCGGAUUUGAAAAAAAUAAAAAUAAAUCGUAAUUGUAGUCUUCACAUCACAUGAAAAAAAUCUGAUACAAAUCUCACAUGGGCCAAAAACGGGAAUACUGUAACCUGCAGUGUGAACAUAGUCCAUGUACGAGCCCUGGAAUUCACUCAUAAUGGUUGCUACAGACUUUUUUUUUUUGUGCGUCCUCUUAUGAUUGACGUGUCCACCCAAUUUUGUGUUGAUUGAUGAAAAUGAUGUCCGGGGCUGAUUUCUUCGAUUGUUUUUUUUCUUUUUGAAAUUUCAACCGGCACUACUGAAUGAGUUUUAGGAGGUCUUGUUUGAAACACGUAAAAUAUUAACACCACUUUCAAUAGAAUGAUCACGCUUGGCUAAAUUGUUGUAAAAUGUUUUCUAACACGUUGAGGCCUCCAAAAAAGACUGUUUAUGAUUGGGUAACAAUUAUUUGGAGGGAAAUCACCGAGUGUUUUGAGUUUUGCAUUCCAUGGAGAGUCAUUAAAUUUUGUCGCCAUGCUUAGCCUGUGACGCAAACUCAAAUUCCUCAUAAUUUGGUGUUUCCGUCUCCUUUGUGCACAAAAUUCUCAUUUGCAACAAAAUCUCUUUUGUCAUCCAUUUUUUCAGGACUUCCCAAAAAAGCCGCAAUUAGCAUGAAAUGGCACUUUUGAACCGAAACAUCACAGACUUUGUCUUUUUGUUAGAAGUCUCUUGCAGCUAAUUUGUUGGUCUACUCAUGAUAGAUAUGCCCACCAAAUUUUACAUUGCGAAAUCAAACUGGCUUGAGGGGCUGAAAUUUCAAAGACAAGUCUGUUUUUGAGGCACCCCCUUGAAACAGUCAAAAUAAAGUGGGCACUUUGAACCAAAACGGCAGACUUCAUGUUUCUCUUCAGGCAUGGGUUCUUUGGAGGUUUUUUUUUCUGGCAUGCCUCCCGAAUUCCGUGCUAAGAAUUGAAAUCUGCUUUGGCGGCUGAAUCCGAUGGGGAGUUUGUAUUUGAAGUACCCCUAGAAAUGUCCAAAAUGACCCCAAAAUGGCUCGUUUGAGCCAAAAUGGCAGACCCCAGUGUUAUGGUUUUGUUUUUUUUUCCGGCAGGGCUUCUUGACACUUUUACUGUAUGUGGGUCUACUCAUGCCAGACAUGCCUUCCAUAUUUCACGUUGCUAUGACAACGGCUUUUGGGACUGAAUUUUCCAAAUCUGUAAGACCAGUCUAUUCAAGAAGGACUCCUGGAAACGACCCAAAAAUGGCCGCUUCAAGCCAUAGGGUGGACUUCCUGUUUCUUUUCAGCCAUGAUUUCUUGAGAGUCUUUUGUGGGGCGACUCAUGAUAGAAAUGGCUAUCAAAUGUCAUGUUGCUGAGUAAAACCGGCUUCGAGGGGCAACGUUUUCUUUGUAUUGUUUUCUACUUAGUUCAUUGAAUAUUAACAUGACCACUACAUGUAAUAUCGCUAAUACUGCUCCUUUUCGUUUUUCUCAAGGAACUCCGAUGUACUAUAAUACCUGUUCUUGCCUUUUUCCUCUUGAGUAAGACUCUCCUAUCGUAAAGCAGGGUUUCCUCAAACUGGAUGCAUUCCACAAUUUCAUAGGAAUCAAAGACAAGGUGUGCUUGCUUGAUGAUCAAUGACUGCCCCCACCCACCCCGCCCCUGCUGUAAUUGCCCGAUGCCAGUUUGGGAAACCCUGCUGCAAGGAAAUGUCUUCUACUAAUUGCCUAGUGAACUCUUCCACCCUGCCUCGCCACAAAGUGUGAAUGCAAGCACUUGAGCGGCCAUGCAAACAAGCAAAGAAAAUUUUUUUUUUUUUUUUUUAACUGCCACUCAGAGAAAGCCAAACAUGCGUUCGAGACCAAACAUGUUUACAUCCUUUCAGAGCAUCGAUGCCUGCAGCGCUUGGGAGCAUUCCAUGUCAACCUUUCCCGUGCGUCUUUUACGUUGUUUUACUGUAUCUGUCAUUAUAAUUUAUUGUCUUAUUAUCUGUACAUGGUUUGAAAUUAAACACAAACACACACAAAAGGAAAAAAAAAAAAGAAUUGCCAUGGACCAUUUUGUUGCGUCCUCUUUUGCAAAACCGCUGCAGAAAUGUCAGCGGUGUGUGUACUCCAGCCAUUUCGUUUUCUUCCCCUCUGGGCUUCAUGUCAAUCACUCAAAGCCAAAAUGACUGAACUGAAUGCAACCUGUAUGCAAAUCAGCAACAACAGCGUGUCCAUCAGCCACAAGAAUAAGGACAGAUCGCGUUUCAUUGACUGUCAUGGCUGAACCUAGUUUUUAAUCUAUGAAUUGUUUGUAUUGCUAAAAGAAG